AUGGACCUUGGUUGGCACAAACCGAAGAAGAGUUGGAUCAAUGAUCUCGGAAAAGUCAUUAAUGGGACCGGCACAAAUGGCUUUGCGUUCCAUGGAUCGCAGUUGCCCGUUGGCACACCAUAUGGCACAUACAACUGGUGCAAUAUGCCUCAUGUAAGGCCCCAAGAGUAUCCCAAAGUCAGCGGAGAUUACAAAUUGCAGUAUGUUGAGGUCAUCCAUCGCCAUCACAAGAGGACGCCAUAUGCAUCGAACACAUUCCCAGUAGAAUCAUAUGGUUGGAGCUGCAAUGAUCAAGGGCUCUUCUACUACGGCAAGCCGCUCAGUCCUGCGGGUAACGAGUCAAGCUCGACCUACUGGAGCGUGUACACUAGCGACAUCAACCCCUUCGCACAGACGGGCUUCAACGGCUCUUGUCAAUUUCCGCAGAUCACAAGACAAGGGUUAGACGACUCAUGGCAGCACGGCAAGGACCUCUAUGAAGUGUACCACGGCCUCCUCGGCUUUUUGCCGCAUCACCUCAACGACAAGGUCACCUACCGGGUUACAAACAACCAGAUCACUUCUCAAGUCGCCGGCAUGCUUAUCGACGGCAUGUAUGCACCCAAAGAUGAUGUCUCUCUCCGCAUCCAGCCUACUGAUGUCGACUCCUUGGAGCCGCAAUACUCCUGCCCAGCCGCAUCGACCAGCUACAGUUCAUACGGCGUUAGCAGUAAGGCAUCAAACUGGACCGCACACUUGACCGCCGCAAAGCCCCUGUUUGAUUCUCUAGACUCUAUCUCGGGAAUCGCCAGUGACUCAACAGACUGGCACAAGUCCUUCGAUCACUACUACGACAAUCUAUCAGCGCGACAGUGUCAUGCCAAGCCUCUUCCGUGCAACGUCAACAACACAAAGGCUUGCGUCACUCAAGAACAAGCCGACACUGUUUACCGUCUGGGCCAGUACGAAUACUCUUUCAUCUAUCGCGACUCCCCACAGUCACUGCAAGCUUCCGUCGGCUCAUACGGUGUCUGGCUCGCAGAGCUGGCCCAGAACAUCCGCGAUGCUGUCGCCGGUAAGAGCAAAGUGAUUUACCGCCACAAUGUUGCACACGAUGGGUCAGUUGCAAGACUGCUUAGUAUUCUGCAGAUCGAGCAGAUGGUGUGGGUUGGGAUGGGUUCUGAAGUUGUGUUUGAGGUGUAUACUAGCAAGAAGCGUGCUGGGAAGCAAUACCUUCGUGUUCUGUGGGGAGGCCAGGUUCUGAAGAGUUCUAGCCCGACGCUCGGGAAUAUUGAUAUGUUGGACCUGGAUGUGUUCCUCGGGUAUAUCGACGGGCUGGUUGGAAAGAAGGCGCAGAAGGUCGUUGACUUUUGCUCGUCUUGA